UGAAUGCGAUUGUUCGCACGUUCAGUUCAGUUUCUGUUUAGUUCAGUCGCGUGUGUGCAUCGCUUCGAGUCGGUGGUCGGUGGUCGGUGGUCGGUGGUCGUUGGUCGGCGGCUUGUGGCUAUAUAGCGCAUCUAUCAUGUGAUUAAAAUCGGUCCGGCAACCGAGAAGACAACAUCUGUAUUCGCGCACGUAUCGGCAUCGCCAAGCUAUAGCUAUAGCCAUACUGACUCACCGCGACCGCCGGACGACAGUGGAAUCAACUGUUUUCGGGGGCGGUACGAUGGCGAUGAUGGCAGCGCUUGCCUCGCUCUUUCUGCUCGUCACGCUGGCCAGCUCAGGUGAGAUUCUCGAUUCGCGCCCGCCACUCAUCACAUUCCUGCCCCGAAAUUGUAGUUCAUAUUUUGAAAUAUCUCAGAAGCAGAAGACUGUCAACACGAUUUAUUGCGAAUCAGUGAAUUUAGGGUUUUACCGACUGUUUUGCGGGAAACUGUUCACCCGUGCCAUUACCUGCUACGAAUGUGAUUCCGUCAAUAAUCCAGGGUGUGGGGAGCGAUUUGUGGGCGAUGACAUAUCCACGACGGAUUGCGAUGUGGUGGCGAACAUGCGAUCCCUGGGAGCGGAGGCCACUUGCCUUACCAAGUACCAUGAGGGAAUGCCAGGAGACACGCGCUUCGUGAGGCGCUCCUGUUACUUUGGCGAUGCCUCCCCAAUAGGCGUCAGUUGCGACGAUGGACCAGAUCCUGUGGUGCCCUUUAUGAACUUCCUCGGCUGCACACUGUGCGAUACGGAUUUGUGCAACGCAGCCGCUGGAUUAUCCACACUACCCUUGGUCAUUGCCCUUUCGAUACUCGGACUGCUUGUCCUACUGGCGACCUAAGGAAGAUGAGUCGCGUGGAACGGCGGCGGUCGUAUUUCAAUGUUUCCUAUUAAAAGUAAUAUACUCCAGUAUUGUAUAAAAGAUUGUUGUUUUCUUGGUCGACUAACUAACAUGACUUCUUAUACUCAUGCAAAGGGCGCAGAACAAGAACGACCCAAAGUUUAUCCUUAUAUUCUUAAUUUUCUAAGGCAAAUGGCUUAAGUUAUAAAAAGCCUACUGAAUAUGUAAUAAAUUUAACUUAAAGCCCCUAGAAGAAUGAAAUAGAAGCAAAUAUUUUUUAAUUUUUAUUUUAUUUGAUUUUCUUUCCAUUGUUUUUAUACAUCCACUAAAAUGAUUUAACAUACAUAUAUAUUUAUAUAAUUAUACUUGUUUGAUUUAAUAUAAUUUAUUGAAUAAAAUUUACUCGUUUCCUACUCU